GCGUCCUAACGUCAAAUAAAAGUAAUUGUAUUUAUUUAUCAUACAAUUUUUUUAAAAAUACAUCACAAUAUAUUGCAAAAAAUCAUCUAUAUACGUAUUUAACAUCAAUGUCUGAAGAAGAAGAAACUUACUGUCGACUUUGUGCAGAACCAACACCCGUAGAUCAAUUAAUAUCCCCGGAAGAACAUGAAGUUUUUACACCAAAGGUAGCAACGAAACUAUCUUGCAUAAACAUCGAUAUAUCAAAGCCUAACGAACUACCUAAAACAAUAUGCUUCUCAUGCUUCACUCUAUUAGACAGAACAUGGACUUUCUUAAAUAACGUAAGGACUGCGCAAGAGAAAUUAAAAGCUAUAUUUGUGAAAAGAUCGCAGAAAGACAAUGAACAACCUAGUGAGGAAACGUCUGAAAAACUUCCGGAUAUUCCACGGAAACCCAUAAAUACAAACUGGGAAGACCUCCAAAGACCUAAAUUAGAGAUUAAAGUAGAAGAAUCUAUUGAAAACCCCGAGGCAUUGCUUCAAAAAGCCGUCAACUUAUGUUACGAAAACCCAGGAGACAACGGCGCUGUAAAGACUGAAAACGACACAGAUUAUGAAGACCUUCUUAUCGAGUCUAAUAAUUGCUACUUGAGCUCAUCAGAUAGCGAUUCACCUUUAAAAAAAAUAGCGAAAAAGAAAAAGGUUGGCCGUAAAAGAAAUAAAGAUACCAAAUUCGAAUCGGAUAAUACUGAACUACCUAUUGAUAUUAUUUCGUUGAAUAAUACAUGGGAUAAUCAAACUUGCAGGUGUGCCAAGUGUGAUGCCCUCUGCCAAAGUAUAAUAUCCUUGCAGCUUCAUUCUCUCCAAAUUCACAAUCAAUGCUGUUUAUUUAAAUGUAUUGAAUGUGAGAAAAUAGUAAGUACAUACAGGUCUAUUGUCAGACACGUACGGACACACAACAGUGCACUGAGACAUUGCUGUGAAUACUGUAAUAAGGUAUUCUUAAGAACGUCGGAACUAAAUUUACACAAAGUGAAAGAUCAUAAAGACAUUUACAAAACGAAGUGUACGUACUGUGGUGCAUCAUUUGAAACGCCAGAAGAAUUAAAAGAACAUAAGGCAAUAUUUUUCAGUGGAUCAAAAAAAUCAUCAAAGGAAAUAAAAAUUAUAAAUGGGGAAAAACACACAAAUUGCAAAUGUGAUCUUUGCGAUAAGGUAUUUAAAAACCGACAGAAUCUAUACCAGCAUCGAGUCUUACACACAGAAAGGAGUAGAAACUUUGCUUGUCACGUGUGCGGUAAAAUGUAUUACACCAAAGGUAGCCUUAGUGCCCACAUGAGGACACACGAAGAUACAAGACGGUACAAAUGCGAUCAUUGUCCAAGAGCCUUCCAUGCGAAAGGAAAUCUCAUCUCUCACUUAAGCUUACACUCUGGCUUAAAACCAUUCAUAUGCGAACAGUGCGGUAAAAGUUUUAGGGUUAAACGUCAUUUGAUAUCACAUUCUAUCAUACAUACAGACCUAAGGCCGUAUGUUUGUGAAUAUUGCAACAAAACAUUCCGUUUUAAAACACGACUCAAUCUGCAUGUACGUCAGCACACUGGUGUGAGGCCUUAUAAAUGUGUAUAUUGUCAACGGGACUUCACAAAUGGGUCGAAUCAUAAAAAACAUAUGUACAGACGGCACGGCAUUGACACAUCUUCGAGGAAUAAGUAUAAAAUUGUAAAUAAAGAAGAUAAUGAAGACACUAAACUAUAAGAAACAUUACCGGCAAAACAAUAACUGUAUUAAUAAGGUCUCAAUAAAAUUACAUUUAAUUUUUUAUGUUUAAUUAUUGAAUAAAAGAAAUAAUCAGCAUGAUUGUAUAUUAUAUAAUAAAAUUUCAAUUGAUCUUAUUAUUAUUAUUCACUUAGAGUCAAAUAUUACU